ACCUUCCAUAGGAAACGUAGACAUCUCCUUGUAUUCAGUCCGUGAAAAAAGCGAACAUUGUCAGCGGAGAAAUUCUUUUCUAAUUUCCAAUUGAUUUUCCUCAAAGAUCUUUGCAGAUUAAGCAGAAAUGUCGGGAAUUUGCUGCGUAACAAGCUGCCGGAAGCGUUUGGAGAGGAAUAAGCGCAACGUGAAAUCCUUCUCCUUUCCAAAUGAUACAAAACGAAGGAAGUUGUGGGUGCAAGCCAUUCAGAGUGUGCAGAAGAAUUGGGUUCCAUCGGCCUUCAACAGGAUCUGCAAUGAGCACUUCAAGCAAAAUGACUUCUACACAAGUGAGAAAACUAAGGAAUUGCUCCUCAAGACAAACGCAGUUCCGUCCAUUUUUCACGUAUCAGACCAUGUUGAAGUCGUGGAAAGGAGACCACUUAGAUCGGCGAAAUCAUCAUCAAUCACAAGCCCAACAAUUAAGCACGAGAAUGAGGCUUCAUCCUUCAAUGAGGACGAUAUAAUUGAGAAUGAUCCGGGAACGGAGGUGGGUAAUCCGACUGUCAUUGAGGAGUACAUAAUUGAGCAGGAUCCCUUAACGGGCAAUACGGAGUACAAAUUCAGCGGAACUACGACAAAAUUCUACGGGCAGGUGGAGGCGAGUGAUUCAGAGGAAGACAUGGGGCAGGAAACAAUUGAGGAAGUUCACGGGGAUGAUGACACAUCGUUGACGCUCAAGCUAUCAAAGCUCAUUUCCGAGGAGAAUAUCUCAAGUGCUUGUGCGGAGAAAUUGUUGAGUAUUCUCAAGCAACAUGGGCAUGCGGAGUUGCCAAAGAAAUCCGAAGAGCUCCAUCCGGAAAUCGUUGAGCCGGAAAAUGAGGAAAUUGAGCACAUGAAUAAGGUUCUGGAUUACGUUGUUGCAGAAGCUAAAGACAUUGAGGCAAAGAUUCAAUUUAAAUUGAACUUCCUGUCAAAAUGCCUCAAUCGCAUUGAGUGCAAAGUUCAAGCACUCGCAGUGAGGCCAAUUGUAACGGCAGGAAAGGAUUUCUAUCCCGUCAGCACGACAUUCACGAGUCUCUUCCCCAUUGAUAGCAUUGAGAAGCUGACGGAGGUUGAGGAGAAGAUUGACGAAGAUGAGAGUAUGGAAGCAAACAUCCGUUCAGUUCUCAGUUCACAUCCUCGUACGUGGAUGAAGAGGAUGUUCUCCGAUGAGCUCAUGGAGCAGUUUAACUUGAAUGGAUCGGGCAAUAAAGGGAACUUUAUGGAGCUAAAAAUCGUCAAGAUCAUUGAAAAAUUCGUCUCUCGUGGCGAUAUUCUUCAUCAGAAGCGUCAAUGCAAGGAUCGCUAUAGUAAGACUUUAUUGAGACAGAAAAGGAAAACUGUACAAAUCCCGGAAGAUGGAGAAUGAAGAAAUCUACUAAACAGAGACAUAAAAUUCCCAUUUUAAAUUUAAUAACUUUUAGAUAAUGAAAUAAAUGGAAUUUCCUUUUGCAAUAAAGCAACAAAAAAUAUUUCAAAAUGUAGAAAUAAAAUAGAAUUCAGAGAA